AUGUCAACUGGCAAGGAGCCAAGUGAAACCAUGGAUGCCGAUGAGCUUCUAGCAGCAAUGCUGGAUGAAGGCUUCAAUCGGCCGGACUUGGGUUCGGAGUACUAUUUCGCCCAGAAUGCACAAAGUCGAAGCCGCCACAUCAUCGCAGCCAUCUACUGGGACCUGAACGCCAUGUGGCAGCUCCAGAAAAUAUCGCGCGACCCGCAGUCUCUGGAUGAAGAACGAGCGAAAUACAUAGCCGAACGUCGAGCGAUAGAGGAAUUCCUUGAUCAAUCGAUGUACCACAAGUACCCUGAAAUCUUCCAGACAGACGGACACUAUCCACUUUUCGAUCGCGUCAGGUUCUUCCUCUUCGAGCAUGGGUGGCCUCUUUUUGCGAUGUGUGCGCUGUCAGAGGCGUUCCGCACGGCAUGUUUAAUUUCGGAGAUCAUGGUCUGGGACGAGGUGAGAAAAUUGAUAUCGACUAACAAGCGCAGUAUCGAGGUCUAUGUGCGGUCUCGCAAUCUUGACUGGCAAUCGCCUCUAUUGAAUUACGGUCACUUGGGAUUGCCGGGUCUCACGUCCCCCAUUCAGCCCGAGAUGGAUCUAGGUAAGGAACACGUUCAUCACUUGGUUCAGACGUCAGAUGGACAUCUGAAACGUCCGGUUCAUAUGGGGAAAGCACAGACUAACAUUAACAUCACAAUUUUCAAGCCUGCUCAAUCUGCGCAGAAGACUCGGACGACCCGGAUGACUCGGACUUCUCAGAAGAUUCAGACGACUCUGACUCCUCAGACGACUCAGGAGACUCGGAAGACUCAGAUUGCUCAGAUGGCUAUGGCUCAGAAGGCCCGAGAUCCUCAACGGCAUCCGUAUACAUAUCUUCCGAAGUGGGGUCCCUGCAUGAAGUGUCUGUGCAAGAGGAACUGUCCAUGCCAUAAUGUGGGCGGGCUCCCUGACUGUCUCAAAUGCCAGUGUCCACAGACUUGCAGAUGCAAAACGCCCAAGUGGCUGAUGUGUUAUAGGUGUGGAUCCACCGACUCUUGUACAUGCAGAGCUGGCUCAAUGGCAGGAGAUCUGAUAGAGCUCGUUGAAUAUCCCAUCAAGGGAACCGGUGUUCGUGCUCUGGCUAACUUUCUGGCGGGAACUAUUAUGGGUGAGUACGUUGGUGAAGUGAUACCUCUCAGUCGCAAAUGCAAUGAUAACAUCUACGCUCUCUGUCAGACCGGCGUUUACGGGAUGGAGCAAAUGGACCAAGUUGACAUGAAGCACAACGGAAUAACUUCAUCGGCGCAUGUUGGCAAUUGGACUCGAUACAUCAAUCAUCAUUGCGAGCCAAAUUGCACAUUCGUCUCGGUUCUCGUCGGUAACCGAAUAACGACCGUUGUCCAAGCUGUUCGAGAUAUCGCUAUCUUUGAGGAGAUCACGCUGCAUUAUGGAGAGCAAUACUGGAAAUCAACACAUUGCUUCUGUGGGAGCUCGAAAUGCUGCAACCCUCCUACAUAG